AUGCAGAACUUUCCCAAUAGUCCAGCUUCUCUUCCCCCGGGUUUCACCCGGGGAUCUCCUUAUCCACCACACCCAUCGGAUCCUCAGAUAUCGCCACGAACAACAGAGGACUAUGUUGCCAUGCAUCAAUCGCAACCCAAUCCUCAAAGUCAUGGGCAGCACCUGCUCCUUCGGGGUCAGCAUCACGCAGGCCAGGCGGCCCACAUUCAUGGUUAUGGGUCGAGAAGGGGAACCGGCGAAAUGCAACACAGCGGUGCUCACAGUGGAGGUGGCGGCAGCUCUUACAGAAAAGAAAACAUGGAUUAUUAUUUUGCUAUGAGUGGGAGAGACAGGAACCGAAGAGGGGGCGUUGGCUACAGCGCCGGGUAUGGGUAUUCAAAUAUGGAUGGACAUUUACCUCACCAGUACAGACAUGCAUCUGGUUCAGGGUCAUCCUCUGGAAUGAUGUCACCUUACCCUUUGGACUAUGGACCCGGUUCUGGAGGAAGUAGCAGUAACAGCACCGGUGCUGGUUCCUUUUCCCCCUCCCAGCAGUAUGGUAUGAGUCAAAACCCUUCAAUGCAACAAGUGACAGGACCUCAAAUCCUCCAACGCCAACAUGGGCAGAAGUACCCAUCACAUCAAGGGCUGCAUCAAGGACAGCAGCUUCGAGGCUAUCCUGUUUCAGCACACAGAAUGCCUCCUCAGUUUAGUCACUACUCUCCCCUGAAUACGCCCGCAGGUUCUGGGAUCUACAGUCCUCCACCACAAAGAUACGAUGGGAGCAGCAUUGGUGGUAUGGAUACCAAAAUGAACAACUCACCCACUCACUCCAAUCCAAACCCCGCUACAAACGCUGCAGCCCCAAACAGCGCUGGGCAACAAGAGGGUGUGGGGCAAAGUUAUCCGUCUUCUAACCAUCCCCCGUACUCCCCUCAGUCUCAUGCCCUCAACAAACAUCCUGCCCACUCACAACGCACCCCCCAGCACAGUCUAGGGGCAGGCUAUGAUGCCUCGAUUAAAAUGCAGCAUCACACCUCGCUGCCGGGUCUCGCAUACCCAAAACAUCCUCAGUCAAAUGUCCCCUCCAGUGCAGCCAUGCCUCACCUUCCCUCUCAAGAAAUCUCUAAAUCCCCCAUGCACUCUCAGAAUCAACAAGCUCACAUAAAUCAGAACUUUAGCCCGAUAUCUAACCCCUCCCCAGCUCCGUCUGCAGUACAGUCUCCAAGCUGUAGUUCCUCCUCAUCUCCACUAAUGGGUGUUUCAGAUGGGCAGGGAAGCACUACAGCGUCCCAUGUGCAGCCACCCUCACACUCCACUCACCCAAACUCCCGUAGCAGCCAUAGCCAUGGUAGGUUACUGCAGACAGUGCCUCAAUUAAGUCCUACUCCGAAUUCCAAUAGCAGCAUCAGCAGUUGUGGCAGCAGUGUAGGUAGUAAAUCUGUCAGUUUGAAUGCAGGUUUAGGCAGUGGUCACUCUGCCUUAAAUUCAAAUCGAAUGGGAAUGGGCUCUAGAGGCGGCUCACGCGAGGACAGUUCAUCUUCCCUGUACCCAUCUUGCCCGCAGGACAAAAUGAUGCAAGACCCUGGACUGAAUAGUCUGAAUGCCCUGACGUCUCAGGUUGCUAACUUACCCAACACAGUGCAACACAUGUUGCUCACUGACACUCUGUUGUCUCAGAAGAAAGGAAAAGAUAGUGGACAUCACAGUCAAAUGCAGCACGCGGCACAUGCUGUGUCUGCUUCCCAGACAAAAGGCAAAGGGGUAAGUGCUGGUCUCGAUCCUGGUGCAGGGAGUGAGGACAGUGGGACUGUGGGUGCUGAUCUUGUGAACUCUGAAGCAGAAGAAGCUACUAGGGACCAGGGAGACCAUUCAUCUUUGUUGGAGACAAAGAGGAUGAGGCAGAUGAGUGGAACCAGCAGUGAGUCAGAAACCACCAGCUACUAUCCUUCAUCUAUGGCUCAAAACCAAAUGCAGCCCCAGGCAGGACAGAGUCGUCACGGGAUGCAUCUGCAGGUGGACACGGCUAUUGCGGAGGCAUCUGUAAAGCAGUCAUCCAGUCAGUCCUCAACCCCCUUGACCGUAGCUCAAACAAAGACACCAGAAACUCAGACUCCCUCGUCAUCAUCUCCACAUUCCAUUCCUCCUUCUGCACAGCCUAGUCCAAAUCAGCCUCCAUGUCCUCCUGCUCCCUCAGAUCCUUCAUCCUCUACUCCCUCGCCCACUCACUCAUUACGUUCAAACUGUUUGGCAGAACCCGACGCUGCUAAUUUAGAUGAUAAAAAUGGAGCGAUGAAACAGGAAAACAAAGACAUCAGAGAUGAAAGAAGCAAUGAGGAAAAAAGGGAGCAUGAAAGAAGUAUGGCCAAGAAUUCCCAAAAUUUAGACAAUGAAACGGAAGAGUUGUCAGAGCAUGGUAAACUGAAGGAGAGUAAGAAAGAUAUAAAGAAAAAUGAUGCACAACAGUGUGACAACCCCAAUAAGAAUUUAAGCACUUCGGAGGCACAAAAUGUUGGAGGAGUUGGUGUGAUUGUUUCUGCCCGCCCUGAUCUGCCAAAUCCUGAAUCAACAAAACACCCAGAAGCCACACCCACAUCUCCUCAGUAUGGCAUUUCUCAGCACCCAAGCCAGCUGAACUAUCCUGAAGAAAAGCAUGCUGUUAACGUGUUCAGAGAUUCUAGGAACCACAAUGGGGAAGGUGAUGCCUGCAUGGACUCAUAUCCUGACUUUGGGCAGAACAUGUCUUCAAAUCAUACCCACCCUGGGCCUUUCAAGUAUGGGAAUCCUGAAUUAGUAUAUAACGCUUGCAUGGGCUCAAAGAACAGAGGUCGGGUAGGUCCAGGAGGUGGACUUGGGGCAAACUCUCGUUACCCAGGCUAUCAUCAGCCUCAUCCAAACUAUGGUACUGUACCCAGAAAGGAUGCUGGUGUUGAUGGCUCCAUGAAAAGAGGAGCAGGAAUAAUAGCAAGAGGUCAGGAGAAUAAUUCCCAGCUACAGCAACCAUUUCCCAGUCUUUUGCAAGAGGUCCUUCAAGGUUACCACUUAGACAGGCGCUAUGGACGCUCUGAACAGGUGCCUGGAGGUCAUCAUCCGCCUCAAAACAUUUCACAACACCAGUACGGGCCAAGACACCCUUAUGGUAUGAUGGAAACCAUGAGGUCACAUGGAAUGGGUUCCCAGUCUAGUAUUGGUAGUGCUGGUGUCCAUCAUGCUCAGAUGGCCUCUGGGAAAUCCCAAAUUCUUAGUCAAAGCCAUGGAGCAGGAGCUGACAUAGGACCAGGCCUCACUCAUGCUUCUUGGGAUUCGGAAGCACAAAAGGUAAAAAGCAGCUCCUCAGAGAAGAGCAAAAUUGGCAUGUCUCCUAGCCAUUCCUCUCAAGGCCAGCAGUCCUCGGAUUCAACAGGAACUCCCCCAAAGCACAUUAACCUGGCUGACUAUUCAUUACCUCAUAGAAAACCUUCAAACUUAUCCACCCCGUCUUCAGCCGUACAGCAACUGCUGUUACAGGAAACUGAACCUUUAGUUGGUAGUGCUGGACCUAUCGGUCAAAAUCAGUCUCAGACGUCGUUAGUUGCCCUGUCGUCCUCAACUUCUGGACGGCGUUCAGUAAUUUGUGAUGUGUCUCCUUCCCGUCGGACCACACCUGAAAGAGAAAGGGGACAGACAGGCCCCUCAGGGGCCUCAGUCAUCCAGCAGCCUCACACUUCUGCAACAAACGAACAAGUCUGCAUUAAAGAAGAAGUAAAAGACAAAAGAGAGCAAGAGCUGGAGGGCAUGUCAAAUGAGCCUGCAGGUCGAAGUGCUGACAGUCAUAGUGGCGUGUUAACUAAGGACACAGAUAUUCAAGAGCAUAACAAGCCUCUGCAGCCCUCAGCAGACACUAAUUCUGACUUGCACAGCACCAAAGGUGCAAAAGGGAGCUCUGAUAUACCCAGCCCUUACCAUUCUCAACAAUUACCCCCUGAUUCUGUUUCUAAUCCUCUGUCAUCACCUUCAAGACGUCAGUCUUACCCCCAAGGUGUGGAUGGUUCUGCCGCUGCCUAUGCUGCUUAUGGAUUUAGUGAAUCCAGAGAUGAGAACCCCAAGCUGAACACUCAUUACCCUCCUCAUCAUCCAUACCAUGCAUUGUCAUCCCAGAGUACACACCUUCCCUCUGCAAACAAGUUGCAAACAUAUCCUCACUCCAUCUCUCAUCAACACCCACAUAACUUAGACGACAGGCUUGAAUGGACAGCUCAUAGUAACCGGCAUAAAGAAAUAUCAGUCCACUCUACCGCCGCUUCUGAUCGGCACUUACUUCAGAGCCAGUCUGAACAAAAAAUACAGUCUACCACGGAUGUUUUACCCAACCCACAGCAUUUGCAUAGACAACUCUCCUAUCCUGGCUCUUAUUAUGACAUGAAGGUGUGGGAGGGCUACUCUGAUAGGGAAGGUGCUGGAAUGUCAGAUGGAGAUUCCUUUCGUAGAAGCCAACAGCUCCCCACAGCUGUCCCGCCUGAAUCUGUUGCCCCUCAACCUUCAUCAGUUGGUCCUAAAAACCUUGAUGUGGAAGAAUCAGUCAAGCCACUCCACCCCCCGCCUACUACAUCCAAUUCCGUUAGCUCUGCUGGUCAUAACACCAAUAACAUGAACCCAGUGACUCAGCCAGCACAUCGUCAGGGCAAAACUGGGGCUUCUGGGGAAACCAAUCCAUUAAUGAUGAGGAGAAGGGUUCGAUCUUUUAUAUCCCCAAUACCGGCCAAGAGGCAGCAUCAAGAUUUUGCUAAUCAAAGAAGUGGACAGUCGUAUCAUUCAAAUUCUCCCCAUCCUGAAUCUAGGAACCCAGUUGAUGGUGAUCCAAGCAACAAUGACCCUGGCCGUUCCAGAUUAACCUCUCCAAACUCUCCAUACACACCCUCUGCCAACUCUUUUGCUCAGUCGUCUUCACCCCCACAAAGCAAAACCAAGAUUUUGCCUCCAAGAAAAGGACGAGGUCUAAAGCUGGAGGCAAUAGUGCAGAAAAUAACUCCCAACAUGAAGAAGGUGUCGAACUACAACAGCAGCAGUUUGGAUUCCGAUCCAAAUUAUUUCUCAGAAGUGUCACAGUAUGGUUCUGACAUCCAAGAUUCAGAAAUUGGGGCACCUUACUCCAGAGUUCAUCAUGGAGAAAGCCUAUCUUACCUUGACGAGGCUCAUUCUUUAGAAGAUCUGAUGCCCUACAGAGCAGCUGAGGAGACUUUUGCAUGUGACUCACAAGUUCUCAAGCAGAGUACGCCAGGUUCUACCAGUGGUUCUUUAAGGAGCUUGCAGACAGAUUUUGACUUUGGUUUAGGUGCCACUGGAUCUUCAGGAUCUGGUGUGGGUGAUGGUGACAAGGAUGACCUGAGGAUACCAUCUGAUUUCACCCUAUUAGGACCUUUACCUCCACCACCACCAUUACCUCGUCCUGUACAGGGUUCGCCUCCUCCAUCAUCAUCUGCCUUAUCUGAUAUUCAGCAGUUUACAAAUACUUACCAGCAGCUGGAGACUAGACGAGGGGAGCAGUCUGCUGCUAAUCUUCUGAGACAGAAGCUUCAAGAAACAGGCAUGGGUUUUGAUGACUAUGCUGGGGGAGAUUACUAUGGAGCCACCCCACCCCAUCACAGUCCAGGACACCACCUCCUGUCCAGAACACCCCAGCACCAAAUGGUGUCUGCUAGAAUGACAGGUGCUGACUCAAAACAACAAGAGAGCAUUGUUCCCAAAGGCUAUUUUCCAUCAGGCAAGAAGAAGGGCCGUCCCGUGGGAAGUGUCAAUAAACAGAAACGCACCCAAGUCCAGAUGCAAAAUGUGAUGCCCAGUGCACCUGCUCCCCCUCAGAGUGCCCCGGUCGCUCCUGCAGCUCCCCAGAUUGUCACAACUGCCAGCGUCACAAGUGAGGCUGUGACCGCUGCUGCUGCCGCUGCUGCUGCUGCUGCUGCUGUUGCUGCUGCUGCUGUCUCGGCAUCAACUGAUCAGAAGCCCUGUCCCUCUCUGGUUCCUCCUGCUCAGCCCCAGAGCACAAAAGUGGAUGUGGAGAGUGAGGAUACUCAAGCAGAGAUGGAUGUCAAACCAAUUAGACACAAACAGAAAAAGAGUAAAGAUGGUAAUGAAGGAGUUGGGUUAAGAGGCAGGCAAAGGAGAAGAAGAAGGGGAGUGUCAGGACUGGAGUCCCAGUCUGGCAGUGGGGGGAGCGUUGGUGGAACUUUUCCAGAAACCAGAUCUAACGUUUUUGCUCCUUACAUACAUGUAGAGAGAAAGGUUGCUGAGAUAGGGGCCGUGUGUACGAUAGUUAAUGCUGAAGAAGAGAAACUCAAGUGCGAGCGAAGUGGAGGGGUGGGAGGAAAAGGUUCUGGAACGGAUUCUCUCACUUCCAUUAGUUUGUCUUCUCAACUGCUCAGGAAAGAGAAAGAAACUGAGAAGGUAAAAGAAAAGAGGACAGCUGGGCAGGUUGAUUCUUCCCUACAGACAGGGAAGGCUCUCCCUACCUCUGGUUACGUACUCCCCGGACCUGUUAUCUCUGAGACCAGUCACACUGGCCGCCUCUUAUGCUGUCUUUGUCAGAAAUGGGCUAAUUAUAAGAACCUAGGAGAUCUCUAUGGUCCUUUCUAUCCUUCUGAUUAUGCCACCAAGUUUCCCAAAAGUCAACCCCAAAUUCGCCAGACCCAGACAAACCCGGGGGUUAGUAUCACCAAUAUUUCCUCUAACUCAACCGAGUCAUCUACCCAGGAUUCACAGUCACUAGACCCUCCAAACAUCAAAUCCUCAACAGAUAGCGAUUGCACAGUGAGUCAAACCACAAAUCCAACUUCCCCUGCUACUACAGUUGGAACUGCAUCUCCAACAGCUGGUGAAGAGAUGCCAUUCUUGCUAGCUAAGUCUGGCAACACCGCAACCACCACACCUGUGCAAAACUGGGAUAGGACAUCAGAACUGACCGGUGAUAAAGUGAAACAACAAACUAGUGAAGUUGAGAUCGGUCCGAAACAACAGGAACAGCAGCAAUCAGAGGACGUGGCGCAAAGACCGCAACACAGAAAACUGACGUCCCACCCCAGGUUCAAGAGACGACACAAAUCCAGUGAAGAUCUACCCAGAACCAUCCCGAUCAAUAGCAAAGCCUCACUGCCAUUCCAGCCUCCCCCUCCUAGUCUGGACUCACUUGGGCCUCUUGCCCAGUUGGCCCAGCUUCCUCAGGUGCCACUAGAUCCUGAGGAGCUUUGGGUACAUGAGGGGUGCAUAGUCUGGGCCAGCGGAGUGUACCUGGUAAAUGGAAGACUCUACGGCCUACAGGAAGCACUAGAUGGCGCCAGAGACACAAGCUGCUCCCAUUGUGAGAUGGUGGGUUCAACUCUUGGCUGCUACAGCAAAGGCUGCACGCUAAGAUAUCACUACCUGUGUGCUAUGGAGGCAGAUUGUUCCUUGAACGAAGACAACUUUUCACUGCGGUGUCCUAAGCACAAGUUUCCCCAGAGUGUGAGGCCAGUCAAAGCUGGAACAGCAUACCUCGAGCAGUCUGAAAGAGGAUGAAUACAGUAAAAAAUGAAGUCACAUAAGGAAUGUUUGGAUGUAGCAUGGAUAUUGAACAAGGACGGCGGAUUCUACAGAGGAAUGAAAGUGCAUCGCAUUUAAAGCUGGAAAUAC